AUGCAAUGGAUUAAAAGAGAAGAAAGUCUUUACUGUAUUCUUAAUUCUACUCUUCGUGAAGAAAAACGAGACUUAUUAAAACUAUGGUUUCUUCAUCUGAAACUGAUAUUGAAGAGUCUCGCUAAACUACCAUCCAUAGAAGGUCGUACUUUUUAUCGUGGAGAUAAAUUUAAUUUGAGUGAUAUUUAUCGUCCAGAUGAAGAAAAAAUUCUGGGCAAAACAGAUAUGCCUACUUUAUUUGCUAUUGAAUGUAAAAGUGCGAAAGAUAUCCGACUCCGUUCAAUGUAUUUUGACGAAAAUGAAAUUUUAUCAUUACCAGCCGCUCAAUUUAAAGUUGUCGGUCAAUAUCAACCAUCUGAACAUGUAUGUAUGAUGCAAUUAAAAGAAUUAUUUCCUCUUCAACAUUCAAUUUAA